AUGAGAAAAAGUGGAAAGAACACUAAGACGGGUUUUCGACUGCAGAAGGCUGAUGAUGGAGACAGCAAGUUUUCUUUAUCUCCAUCUAGAAAUUGGGCAACUUCUAUCCUUUGGCAAGCUUCGGUUCCCCUCGGAGUCAGCAGAUUGAACUACUUUGUAAUAUCUCUCUUAUCUAUGUUAUGUUUUCUUUAUCAUGUUUGUAAUGUAUCCACUAACAUGGUGUAUGUUCUUUGCGUGAGGAUUAAAAAGAUAUUCGGAUUUGAGAUAUAA